ACAGCGUACUUCCGCAAAGAAAUGGCAUCUUUGGACAGGAUGAAAGUGUUGGUUUUGGGAGAUUCUGGAGUGGGGAAGUCCUCUCUUGUACAUUUACUUUGCCAGAAUCAAGUUUUGGGGAAUCCUUCAUGGACUGUGGGCUGCUCAGUGGACGUCAGGGUUCAUGACUACAGAGAAGGCACUCCAGAAGAGAAGACAUACUACAUUGAACUCUGGGACGUUGGGGGAUCUGUUGGCAGUGCCAGCAGUGUUAAAAGCACCAGAGCUGUGUUUUACAAUUCUGUAAAUGGUAUUAUUUUAGUUCAUGAUUUGACCAACAAGAAAUCCUCCCUGAAUCUGUACCGCUGGUCAUUGGAGGCACUGAGCAAAGACUCCUCUCCAACUGGCAUCAUUGUGUCAAAUGGGGAUUAUGACAGAGAACAGUUUGCAGAGAACUCUGUUCCUCUCCUGCUUAUUGGCACCAAAUUUGAUCAGAUCCCGGAAAACAAGAGGAAUGAUGUGCUGACCCGCACUGCCUUUCUAUCUGAAGACUUUAAUGCGGAAGAGGUCAAUUUGGAUUGUACAAAUCCACGGUAUCUUGCUGCUGGAUCAUCAAAUGCUGUUAAAUUGAGCCGAUUCUUUGACAAGGUAAUAGAGAAGAGAUACUUCACAAGAGACCCUAGCCAGAUGCAGAGUUUCACCGACAGGAGGCGCUUUAAUUUCAAGAGUUUCCACAAUGAUGGAGUUAACACAUAGAUUUUGGGUUGGUGGGUUUAGUCCUGCUUGUA